AAGGUAUAUAACCCCAAAAUGUUUUGUAUAAAAACUAUGUGCCUAAAAAGUAUCUUCAACUAGAUAUUUGUGGAGUUUGUGGGAAAUAAUUUGCGCAGAUUGUAUUAAACAACAAUGAAAUUUGUAGAAGGGCACCCUGAUUUAAUCAAAACAAUUCACGAUGGAGAAGAAGUGGAGAAUUUCUCUGAAGAAUCUGAUGAAGAAGUAGAGUACCAGCCAUCAAAACAAAAGACAAAAAAGAAAGCUGAUUUCAAUCCAAAGUUUGAAUUCAUAUCAUCUUUCGAAGAGUAUAAUAAGAACACUUGGGAUGACUUACACAAGUACGUACGUCGUAAUGUAAAAAGGACAUUGGAUGAGAAGAUUGAGAAACGUAGAGCACAUGUCAAAGUCCAUGGAAAUGCUGACUCUGUUGAGACUGAUUCAGAUGUCGAAGAUAAAGAUGGAGAAAUCGAUGAAUUGGAAAUAUCCGAUGAUGAACUGAAGAAAGAUCAUAUAAAAAUUAAAGAAAAAAAAAUUAGUAAAAAAAAGAAAUUGGAACAGGAACUAAAAGAAGGUGAAGAAGGAACAAAAAUUGAAUAUGACUCGGAUUUCUUCGAGGAGCCACCUCCUUAUGAUGAAAACGCUUCGUUUUACAACAUGAAUCUAUCCAGACCUCUCAUGAAGGCUAUUGGCUCUCUGAACUUUGUACACCCAACGCCCAUACAAGCUGCUACCAUUCCUAUUGCACUUUUAGGUAAGGACGUAUGCGCAUGCGCCGCCACUGGCACGGGUAAGACGGCUGCAUACAUGCUGCCCAUACUGGAGCGUCUCCUGUACAAGGCGAAAGGAGGGGACCGGAUCACCAGGGUCCUGGUACUAGUGCCAACUAGAGAACUCGGUGCUCAGGUCCAUGCAGUCACAAGACAACUGGCUCAGUUCUCAUCGGUGUCUGUGGGACUGUCUGUGGGAGGAUUGGAUGUUAAAUAUCAGGAAAGCGUGCUGCGUCAAAACCCCGACAUAGUCAUAGCGACGCCGGGUCGACUCAUCGAUCACAUACGGAACACCCCCUCGUUCGGGCUCCACAGCAUCGAGGUGCUGGUGCUGGACGAAGCUGACAGGAUGCUGGACGAAUACUUCGCGGAGCAGAUGAAGGAGAUCAUCCGUCAGUGUUCCCCUAAACGUCAGACCAUGCUGUUCUCGGCCACCAUGAGCGAGGAAGUCAAGGACCUGGCGGCGGUUUCCUUGAAGAAACCCGUCAAAUUGUUCGUCAACUCCAAUAAGGAGGUGGCUUUCAACUUGAGGCAGGAGUUCGUGAGGAUACGCAAGGAGCGCGAGUGCGACCGGGAGGCGAUGCUGGCGGCGCUGGUGUGCCGCACGUUCCGCGACCGGACUGUCGUCUUCGUGCAGACGAAGCGCCAGGCGCACCGCCUCCACGUCAUGCUGGGCAUGCUGGGCGUCAAGGCGGCCGAGUUGCACGGAGCCCUAAACCAGCCCCAGCGCUUGGACUCUCUGAAGCGUUUCCGGGAGCAACAGGCCGAUGUGCUGGUGGCUACAGACGUGGCGGCCCGCGGUCUGGACAUCCCGGGGGUCAACACCGUCAUCAACUUCACGCUGCCGGCCACCUUAGAACAUUAUAUACACAGGGUGGGUCGAACAGCCAGGGCGGGUCGCGCCGGGGUGUCCGUCUCGCUCGCCGGCGAGGGCGAGAGGAACCUGGUCAAAUCGAUAGUCAAACGCGCGUCGAAACCGGUCAAAUCCAGACAAAUACCGCCCGAUAUCGUCGCCAAAUACAGGGAUAAACUGAUCAAACUCGAACCGGAGAUUGUCGCAAUUCUCGACGAGGAAUACGCCGAGAAGCAAAUGAACAAGAUGGAGAAACAAACCGCCAAAUUAGAGGUCGUCCUCAAGAAGGACGAAGCGCAGCCUGGACCUCAGCACGAGCCACAGCGGCAGCGGGACUGGUUCCAGACCCCGAAGCAGAAGAGAGAAGAGAAAGAAAGACUCGCACUCACGACACACGUCGGAAAAGAUACGAAAAAAAAAGGCAAAGGAAAACGUAAACAUGAUGACGAUUCCGAUGAUGACUCUGGUCCAAGCAAGAAGAAAAAGAUUAGAAAGAACGCGCCCAAGGACUCCGCCGAAGAACGUGCGAAACGAGAAGUCGAGAAGGUCGCAUUGCUGCAGUCUCGCUUGGCUAAGCGCAACAAGAAGCAGCGUCGUAUACGCGCCGUUGGUGAUGAUGAUGAGACUCAAGCUCCAAGGAAAAUCAACAAGCCCAAGAAGAAACAAACUAAUUUCGCUGUGGACCUGACCGACACUUCAAAGAAAGCCACCAAGAGACUUAGAUAUGACGCCAAUUUGGUACAAAAGGGUAAAAGCCCAAGGGGACCGAAGGGUAAGGGACCUCAAAAGGGUAAGGGACCUCAAAAGGGUAAAGGUCAAAAGGGUAAAACGUUUGGAAAGCCCACAGCCCCAAAAAAUAGUGGGAGAAGGAAAAAAUAAAUGUG